AGGCUAGAGAGAGAAGCCACUGAGUAGAGAGAGAGAGUGUGUGUGUAUCGUAGUAAAUGAAACGAGAGAUUGGUGGUGAAAGGAGUCAGCUUUGCAUUUAUUAUCUAAUCUUCCAAAAACAAAAACAACAACCAAAAAAAGCUUCUUUCUUUUGAAUGUUUUGAUUAGAAGUUCAUCAUCUUCACAAGUGGGUUUUUCUGAUUUUUUCAUACAAUAUUUUGGGAUCUUCUUCUUUUUGUUCCUAGGGGCUCUUUUUUUUGGAUUCCUUCUCAUUUUGGAAUUUUCUUUGAAAUUCUGUUCAUUUACUUUCUUUUCUUCCGUGAAAUUCGUUUAAUCUUUUUUUUUUAUUUUUAUUUUCUGGGUUCACUGAAAGUUUCCGUUUUUAGAGGCACUCUUGAUCUGUUUCAAGAUCUUCUUCUCAAUUCCUUCAUUUUUAGGGUUUUUCUUAUGGGCUAGGAAAAAAGAACCUUUUUUUUUGCCAAUCCUCUGCUAAAUCUCCAAAAGCUCUCUCAAUUCUCGUUUUUUCGCUGAAAGAUUAAUGCAUUUUCCUCUGUGGAAGCAAAUUCACCACUGUGCUGCUCUGAUCUUAGACAAGAGUAAGAGCAGGAGGAGAGACAAUGAGCCUGAUUCACCAAUCGAUGUCAGAAGAAAAGCUUCGAUGCUUCGGAGAUUGUACGAAGAUAAGCUUAGAGAAGCUCUCGAAGAAGCAUCUGAGAACGGGUCACUCUUCAAAUCUCAAGACAUCGAGAAAGAGAAUCAAGAAGAUGAGAGGUUGGGUCGCUCUAGAUCCUUGGCUAGGCUCCACGCGCAACGCGAAUUCCUACGCGCAACCGCUUUAGCCGCAGAACGCGAUUUCGAGUCUGAAGACGCCAUUCCUGAGCUCCUCGAAGCUUUCAACAAGUUCCUCACAAUGUACCCAAAGUAUGAGACAUCUAAGAAAGUUGAUCAAUUGAGAUCUGAUGAGUAUGCUCACUUAUCAGAUUCAAAGGUAUGUCUUGAUUACUGCGGAUUUGGUCUCUUCUCGUAUGUUCAAACUCUGCAUUAUUGGGAUUCUUGUACGUUUAGUCUCUCUGAGAUCACUGCGAAUUUAAGUAACCAUGCGCUUUACGGUGGAGCUGAGAGUGGAACUGUGGAACAUGAUCUCAAGACUAGGAUAAUGGAUUAUCUGAAUAUCCCUGAGAGUGAGUAUGGUCUUGUGUUCACUACAAGUAGAGGCUCUGCGUUUAAGCUGCUUGCGGAAUCUUACCCUUUCCAUACGAAUAAGCGGCUUUUGACAAUGUUCGAUCACGAGAGUCAGUCUGUGAAUUGGAUGGCUCAGACUGCGAGGGAGAAAGGCGCUAAAGCUUAUAACGCUUGGUUCAAAUGGCCAACCUUGAAGCUGUGUUCCACGGAUUUGAAGAAGCGUUUGUCUCAUAAGAAGAGGAGGAAGAAGGAUUCAGCCGUUGGGUUGUUUGUGUUUCCUGCGCAGUCUAGAGUUACGGGCUCUAAGUACUCUUACCAGUGGAUGGCUUUGGCUCAGCAGAACAACUGGCAUGUGUUGCUUGAUGCUGGCUCUUUAGGUCCCAAAGAUAUGGAUUCGCUUGGUUUAUCAUUGUUUCGACCAGAGUUUAUUAUCACAUCGUUCUACAAGGUAUUUGGGCAUGAUCCUACAGGUUUUGGUUGCCUGUUGAUCAAGAAGUCGGUGAUGGGUAAUCUUCAGAGUCAGUCAGGGAAAACAGGAUCAGGAAUAGUGAAGAUCACACCUCAGUAUCCGUUAUAUCUCAGUGAUUCGAUAGAUGGUUUGGACGGAUUGGUUGGUGUUGAAGAUCAUCAAUUUGGUACUAACGGUGAUAAAGCCACCACCACGGAGACUGCUCGUAAAGGAUCUCAGAUGCCGGUGUUUUCUGGUGCGUACACUUCAGCUCAAGUGAGGGAUGUGUUUGAGACAGAGCUCUUAGAAGAUAGCGUCUCUGAUAGAGAUGGGACUAGUAGUACCAUAUUUGAAGAAAACGAAAGCGUUUCAGUUGGAGAAUUGAUGAAAAGCCCUGCUUUUAGUGAAGAUGAAUCGUCUGAUAACUCGUUUUGGAUCGAUUUGGGUCAAAGUCCACUUGGGUCUGAUCGUGCAGGUCACUUAAACCACCACAAGAUCGCCUCUCCGUUGCCACCAUUCUGGUUUACUAGCAAAAGGCAAUCACCAAAACCGGUAGCAAAGAGUUACAGCAGUCCUAUGUACGAUGGUAAAGAUGUCCUCUCGUUUGAUGCUGCAGUUAUGUCAGUUACUCAGGAGACAAACUCAACCCCAUCAAGGAAGCUGAGGAACUCUAGUAAUCUCCAAAUUCAAGAGAUACAGGAAGAAAACGGCGGUAACAUUGUGUUCCGUGCAGGGUCUGGUUUUGGAUCAAACGGCUCAUCAUCCAAGAUUUCGUCAGAAAUGAAAGAGAACGCCAUUAGACGAGAGACGGAAGGCGAGUUUAGGUUAUUGGGAAGAAGGGGUGCUGGUGGGAGGCUUAUGGGUGUGGAAGAUGAACAACCGAGCAGAGGAACAAGGGUUUCGUUUAACAUGGACCGUAUCAGUCAUAGUCUGGACCAAGGUGAAGCUUCUCUGGCCAGUGUAUAUGACGAAAGUGAUGGUGAAAACGCAAAUGAUGAUGAUUGGGACAGAAAGGAACCUGAGAUUGUUUGCAGCCAUAUCGAUCAUGUGAAUAUGUUAGGUCUUAGUAAAACCACAACUAGACUCAGAUUUCUGAUAAACUGGCUUGUGAUCUCUUUGCUACAACUUAAAGUGCCUGAAUCAGGCGGUGACGGUAAUAGCAGACCCAUAAAUCUUGUGCAGAUUUAUGGCCCCAAGAUAAAGUACGAGAGAGGAGCAGCGGUUGCUUUCAAUGUGAAAGACAAAAGCAAAGGAUUUGUAAGUCCAGAGGUCGUUCUAAAACUGGCUGAGAGAGAAGGUGUAUCUCUUGGUAUUGGUAUCUUAAGCCACAUACGCAUAAUGGAUACACCUAGGAAUCAUCGUGGGGGAGCUAGGAUCAAGGAAGAUAGCUCUUUGCAUCUACAGAGAGAAGCUGGUAAGCGUGGUGGAAAAAAUGGGUUUGUGAGAUUUGAAGUUGUCACAGCUUCUCUCAGCUUCUUGUCGAAUUUUGAGGAUGUUUAUAAGCUAUGGAGUUUUGUCGCCAAGUUCUUAAACCCUGGUUUCAGCAGAGAAGGUUCGCUGCCUACUGUAGUUGAAGAAGAAGCAGAAGAUUCAGAGACGUGAUUGGAAAAUUAAAAGCCAGGAACAUUUUGAAACUCGAAGAGGCUUGACUGUUGCAUCAAGAAUUCGCCUUUUUUGACACCGCCUGAGCCACUAACAUUCCUACAGCUCGGCCGUGCUUCUGGAAAUGGAAGAAGGGAAAAAGUAAGAAACUGUGAAUUGAGAUUUGCUAUGUAGUUUUUUCGUUUUGCUCUGUUUCAGUUGUCAGGAAUGUGAGAUAGUAGGACAAUUCUUGUAAUCUGGAAAGCAGAACAUGUUUGGCCAAAGAUUCCACCUUUAGAGAAGAAAACACAGUUAAGCAUUUGC